ACACCCAAAAGCCCAAAUUUAAUUUUCUUAAACUUAAUAUAUAAGCAAGAAAAAAAAAAAAAAAACCCAAAGGAAAAAUGAAUUAAAAAGAAUUAAAUGGAAAUGUGAAAAACGCCCCAAAAUAUUCUUCCACACUCCCAGUCCCAUAUUCAUGUCCUUCUCCGAUUCCGAUCCUUCAAAUUUCCCCCGGAAAUUAACACCAAAUCACUGAAAUCCGAGCUUCAAAUCUUCAGUGAAUUCGCCGGAAAAGGACGAAAAUGUCGAAUAAUCCGUACAGUGACACCGUACCGCUCCACGCCACCUCUCAAUCCGACAUUGACGAGAUUGAAAACCUCAUCAAUUCCCAACCCUACCCUACCUCAGUCCUCCCUGCCCGGCCACCGUCUCCGCCGCGGGCUUCAAUUCCGAUUUCUUCUUCUCCACUUCCGCCGCCAGCUCCCCCGGCCUCGUCCGCUCCUAAGCCCGUCCCUGUUCCUCCCGCGGCCACUGCCGCCGCCAAGUUACCUCCAUUGCCCGUUUCUUCUGGUAUUAGCGGUGGUGGCGGGCCGUCGAAUAUUGCUUCUUCCGGAUUUGGGCCUGCUCCCAAUACAUUGACGGAGCCAGUUUGGGAUACGGUGAAGCGGGAUCUGUCGAGGAUUGUUAGUAACUUGAAAUUGGUGGUCUUUCCCAAUCCGUUCAGGGAUGAUCCUGGUAAGGCUUUGAGGGAUUGGGAUCUCUGGGGCCCCUUUUUCUUCAUUGUUUUUUUGGGGCUAACUCUCUCUUGGUCUGCAUCUGUUAAGAAGUCUGAGGUGUUUGCUGUUGCUUUUGCGUUGCUGGCAGCUGGAGCUGUGAUUUUGACAUUGAACGUAUUGCUGCUGGGUGGACAUAUAAUCUUCUUUCAGAGCCUUAGCCUUCUUGGUUACUGUCUAUUCCCUCUAGACAUCGGUGCCUUAGUCUGCUUGUUGCAGGACAAUGUUAUACUGAAGGUGGUAGUUGUCUCCAUUACAUUAGCUUGGAGCUCUUGGGCUGCUUAUCCAUUCAUGAGCACAGCUGUAAAUCCAAGGAGGAAAGCUCUUGCACUGUAUCCUGUCUUCCUGAUGUAUGUAUCUGUUGGUUUUCUCAUCAUCGCCAUUGAUUGACGCGUGAAAGCAGACCGUGCACCCUUAUAGCAGCAAAUCUAAUGAGAAGAUUCAACUCUAAUGGGCACUUGAAGGAUUUGAAAUCUGUAAUGAAAAUUUUGUGGAUUUCUGGCUGUCGAAUUGGAUGUUUGCAAGACGCAGAACGUAUUGGUGAUUCAGCACUUACUCAUCCAUCCUAGAAAGGCUACUAAAAAUAUGCUCUGUUCUAAAAGGUUUGCAAGCAAAUUAGCAUUCACUUGUUGGAGUAAUAUUUUAAUCACAGUGGACUUUCUACUUUAGGUUUGCAUCUUUUUUGGCCUUCUUAAGUCACUACCUUUUCAGGGAAUUUGCUAGUUGUCUUGGUAACAAAAUUCUUGCAAUUUGUAUAUCUCUUUUUGGCCUUCAUCCUCUCCAGCUAUUACUUUCUCAAUUUCUUGCUACAUGG